UUACAGGGGACUCGGGGGCAUCUUGUAUAUUUUGAAGGUCGUUAGUGUAGUCGCAGAGAUCUUAGGGUUGUCGUCAAGGUCCGCGAUAGCAGUGAUUCGUCGUUAAAUAAAGUGAUAGUAGAGAGACCAAUAUGUCAGUUAAGGCAGCUCGUCGGUUCUAUCGUGUCGAUAGUGCCCAUGACCUUCAAUUUCUACAUUCUUGUGAAUCAGCAUCAGCUGAGAAUAGAUGGACAUUUGAAAUUGCUUGGGAAGUUGCUAAUAAAGUUGGAGGAAUCUACACAGUCAUUCGAUCAAAAGCAAGUGCUUCAGUGGAAGAAUUAGGUGAUCACUAUAUUCUACUUGGUCCAUACAAAGAGCAUUGUGCUAAGCAAGAAGUAGAAACCUUUGAGUUGCCACCUGGAACCCCACUAGCCAAUGCUGUUCAAAAGCUUCGUGAUCGUGGAUUCAAAGUUGUCACUGGAAACUGGCUUGUAGAUGGAAAUCCACUGUUAGUGCUAUUUGAUAUUGGUUCUGCUUCAUGGAAUCUUGAUAGUUACAAGAAAGAGUUAUUUGAAAAAAGUGGAAUUGGUAUUCCAAACCAUGAUACUGAAUCAAAUGAUUCAGUUGUUUUUGGAUUCAUGGCAGCCCAGUUCAUUGCAGAGUUCAACUAUGCAGCUCAACAAGAACAUUUAGCGUUGGCUAAUGGUAGUCCAGCUCCUCGCAUCGUUGCACACUUCCAUGAAUGGCUUGCUGGUAUUGGACUCGUCUUAUUGAGGCUAUGGGGAGUUCAGGUUGCUACCGUUUUCACUACCCAUGCGACACUACUUGGUCGUUACCUAUGUGCAGGCAAUAUUGAUUUUUACAACAAUCUUGACAAGUUCAAUAUUGACGAAGAAGCCGGUAGACGACAAAUUUACCAUCGCUAUUGCAUGGAACGCGCCGCGACGAAUUUAGCGCACACUUUUACAACUGUUUCGGAGAUCACUGGUUUGGAAGCAGAGCAUCUGUUGAAGAGAAAACCUGACGUCAUUACUCCCAACGGAUUGAACGUAAAGAAGUUUUCAGCUCUCCACGAAUUCCAAAACCUCCACGCAAUUUAUAAGGAAAAGAUUAAUGAAUUCGUCCGUGGUCAUUUCUAUGGCCAUUUAGAUUUUGAUGUUGAUCGCACACUCUAUUUUUUUAUCGCCGGACGUUAUGAAUUUGGAAACAAAGGAGCCGAUGUUUUCAUUGAAGCUCUGGCGCGCUUAAACCACAUGCUCAAAGUUAGCGGUUCGGAUAAAACCAUUGUAGCGUUUCUCAUUUUUCCUGCCAAGACGCAUAAUUUCAAUGUCGAAACGCUGCGUGGUCAGGCAGUCGUUAAGAGUCUUCGAGACACUAUUCAUGACAUUCAACAGAAAAUCGGUAAACGAAUCUACGACGUCUGUUUGAGCGGUCGACUUCCCGACUCAGAUGAGCUACUCCAGAAGGAGGAUACUGUACGUUUGAAGCGUUGUAUCUAUGCCACUCAAAGAGAUACCCUCCCUCCAAUCACCACUCAUAAUGUUGUCGAUGAUGCUUCCGAUCCAGUACUUAAUAGUUUCCGCCGUUGCAAGCUUUUCAACGAGACGAGUGAUCGAGUUAAAGUGAUAUUUCAUCCGGAAUUCUUAUCGUCGACCAAUCCGUUGUUUGGAUUGGAUUAUGAGGAUUUCGUCAGAGGUUGCCAUUUGGGUGUUUUCCCAAGUUAUUACGAACCUUGGGGAUACACUCCUGCUGAGUGUACAGUAAUGGGAAUUCCUUCCAUAUCAACCAAUUUGUCAGGCUUUGGAUGCUUCAUGGGCGAUCAUAUUGCCGACCCAAUGAGCUAUGGAAUUUACGUCGUAGAUCGUCGAUUUAUUUCUCUAGAUGAUUCUCUCAACCAACUUGCCCAGUAUAUGUUCGAUUUUACGCGACUUAAUCGGCGCCAGCGUAUCAUUCAACGUAACCGAACCGAGCGGUUAUCCGAUCUUCUUGAUUGGAGAAACCUCUCAGUGUAUUAUCGUAAAGCUCGUCAAAUGGCUUUGCAUGCCGUUUUCCCCGAAUUCGAUCUGGAUGAAGAUGAAAACGGUAGUGGAGUUGGAAGAUUGUCGUAUCCACGACCUAUUUCGGAACCACCUUCUCCCACAUCAUCUCGUGCAACAACUCCAAUCCCAUCAGAUCAAUCGGACGAAGAUGACGAAGUCGAUGAAGAACGUGAGCUCAGAGAAUUAAGUGUCGGUGCGGAAGAGAGGCGAUGAACCUGGAGGACUGCACCGAACCGUAGUGGUGAAAAGGUUAAACACUCCGAUUCGUAUCAGGAUGAUACUACUAACCAAUAAUCGGGGCGUAGUCGAAUUACUCAGAGUAACUGUCACACCUGUGAAUUUAUUAGAUCUUAAAUGUGCCACGGUUUGUGGGUUUAGUGUAAAAGCAGCGCAUUCAAAAUUUAGAAAAACCCCUUCUUAUUAUUUCUUAAGUGGUUUGUUAUAGUUUUACAUGCGUUGUGUUUCAGUUCAAAAGCUUUCAGUCUAAACCUUGCCUUAUGGUGAGCAGUCCUGCUUGCCAGUAAUCAAAAUAGUCCCUUCAUUAAUUAGGUGUUUGUGUUGCGUAGUUUAUGUUCUGUUUAAAUACAUCUAUUCCCUGUU